AUGACAGAAGCCCGUUUCGUUGCAACAUUUGCAAAGUACAAAAAGGACCCACAGGGACUCGACUUCACGGGGUUUUCUUCAGCAAUCAGAGAAUUCACUGAGACAAAGGAGCCUUCCGACGAAACAGAACAAAAUGGGUUGUUCAUGUUGUUCUCCUUUUUCGACACAAACAAAAACAACUUCCUCAGCGAGAAAGAGUAUAUGAGUGCUCUUGGGUACUUACCAGCUCGAUAUAAAACACUUAAAGAGGCUGUUUACAUGGCAUUGUUUAAAGUGACUGACACGAAUGGAAGCGGGAAAGUGAAUGUCAGCGAAUUCUUAAAAUUUAAAAAGAUGGAAGGCACAGAAUCGUCGAAAAAGGUUGCACAAGACCUUAUAGCAUCGGUGGAUAUGAACGGAGAUGGGAAACUAAAUAUCGAUGAAUGGUUGAACCUUUUCAUAUAA